AUGGAGAACGCGCUUCAGAAGCCCCAGUUGCUGUCGAGAAGAGACACUAUGAUCGCUGCUUUGGGUCGGGCCGAGGCAUUUAUUGAAGGUUACGACGAACAACGAGACCAGUCACAGGUUGGAUUACGGUUGGAGUAUUUCGACUCGAUGUGGAAGUCUCUAGAACAGGUGCAGGGUCAACUUGAAGACACCGAAACGACAAGCGAAGUUGACAACCCGAAUUAUACGUGUCUCAUCGAGUUUCUUCAACGGAGGAUUCGUGUGCUGGAAUCAAUAUCGGUCAACCAUCACCAUUCAAAUUCUAACACAACCGUGCAGCCGCCGAACGUCAAACGAUUCCACAAUCAUCAAAGACUCUCUUCGUAUUCGUCCACCGCAACCGCCAAUGGAAGGUGUCCAGCUUGUGGUCAGCAGCAUCCGCUGCUAAGAUGUCAGAAGUUCUAUCGGUCAUCUGUCUCUGAACGAUUGAAUGUAGUCAACGCGUACAGGCUAUGUAUUAACUGCUUAUGCGCAAACCAUAUUGCACGUGACUGCUCGUCAAAUUUCAAUUGUAAACACUGCAACAGACGUCAUCACUCGCUCUUGCACACAAGUCCAUCGGAAGAGCAUUCAUCCAACAAUUCCACAACACCAGUGGUUGUCAAUCGUACAUCGACCAUUCCACAAAACGAUUCGGUUGAACAAACCGCAGCAGCAACGGCUGAGAUCAUUCCUCGUGUCGAGAGCGUUAUGCCUGUCAACCAGCCUACGGAAAAUGUUUUCUUGAUGACCGUCAUCGUUAAUCUGGUGGACGCCUUUGGACAGGAGCACCCUGCUCGUGCUUUGUUAGAUAGUGCAUCCCAGCCCAAUCUAAUCACCGAGCGCAUGGCCCAGCUGCUACGCAUUAGACGCAAUCGUGUUAAUAUCACAAUCAUGGGUGCAGGACAACUGUCAAAACCUGUUCGCGAAUCAGUAAGAACACAAGUAAGAUCCCGUACGACUGAUUUCUGCUGUGACGUUAGUUUCCUCGUUAUGAGUAAAGUGACUGCCAACCUUCCUGCCCAAGACGUCUCUCGGAUGGGUUGGAAACUCCCCAAGGAUAUUACACUCGCGGAUCCAACCUUCAAUCGAAGCCAACCGAUAGACUUAGUGCUAGGCGCCAAGCACUUCCACUCUCUUUUCCCAACUGCUGCUCGGUUACAAAUCGAAGAUCGGCUUCCUUUGCUCGUCGACAGUGUCUUUGGAUGGGUUGUUGCUGGGUCCGCUUCCUCUAUCAGAGCAGCUGACGAGUCAGAUGUGGAUGAAAUACUUCAAUCGAACGUAGUUUCUAUGGUUUCCCUAGAACAGAGCAUUGAGAGAUUCUGGAUGACUGAAAGCUUGUCAACAAAUGAUACCCUUUCAGUAGAGGAAAGAUUCUGCGAAAAUCUCUACCAAUCCACCACCACACGUAAUCAACAAGGACGCUAUGUGGUUCGCUUACCUCUCAAAGAAGAGCUCAUCACCAAGCUAGGGGAUUCAAAAGGACCAGCCUUCCAUCGGUACCAGCUACUAGAACGGCGCCUCGCUAGAAAACCAGAACUCAAAGUAGAGUAUGGCAGAUUCAUGGAAGAAUAUCUCUCCCUUGGUCACAUGAAACUGAUUAGUGAGUACGACAAACAAGCUUCAUCGGUAUACUACCUGCCUCACCAUCCCGUGAUUAAGGACUCCAGCACGACAACCAAAGUCAGAGUCGUCUUUGAUGGCUCUUCCAUGACAUCGUCUGGCAGCUCUCUUAAUGAAGCUCUUUGUGUUGGUCCGAUAGUGCAGGAUAAUCUGCUCACACUCAUUCUUCGUUUUCGGACGUAUCCGGUAGCUCUCGUAGCUGACAUCGCUAAAAUGUACAGGCAGGUUUUGGUCCAACCCGAACAUACACCAUUGCAAAGAAUCCUUUAUCGGUUCUCGCCAAGCAAUCCAGUUCAGUCAUACGAGCUGCUCACUGUAACAUACGGACUAGCACCCUCUGCCUUCCUGGCCACCCGUACACUGAAGCAGCUAGCAAAGGACGAAGGCUUAACUUAUUCGCUUGGAGGACCGGCUCUCGAAAGAAACUUUUAUGUGGAUGACUUCAUCGGCGGAGCUUCAUCGGUCGAAGAGGACAUACGUUUAAGGAACGAGUUAUCUGAGCUACUAAAAAAAGGUGGCUUCGAGUUGCGGAAAUGGACAUCGAAUCAUCUUGAGGUACUUCACGGUUUGAAUGCUGAUCAAAUAGGGACGCAAUCUCCUCUGCAAUUCGGUCCGGAUGAAACAGUCAAAACGCUGGGAAUUAGCUGGGAACCCAAGAAUGAUUUCCUUCGUUUUGACUCACAAAUUGAGCCCAUCAAUGGCCCAUGGACUAAGCGGUUAAUACUAUCAACCAUAGCCAAACUUUUCGAUCCGAUGGGACUUAUUUCACCGGUGGUAGUAUCAGCAAAAAUACUAAUGCAACAACUUUGGGUGCUUUCGUGCGGAUGGGACGAUCCAGUGCCUGAAAUCAUACAGACAAAAUGGAACACUUACUGGCAAGACCUACCUAAAAUAGCCGCUUUCCGUGUACAACGAUACGCGUUUCUACCUAGAUCGCAGGUGCAGCUCCACACUUUCUCCGAUGCCUCUGAGGACGCCUAUGGAGCAUGCGUUUACGCACGAAGCGAAGAAACCAAUGGAAGCAUCAGGACUCCUUCGCGGUGCCGGGCGUCAUCUGCUGGCCACAAUUCGUCGAAUGUUCUGGCCUCUGAAUGGCCGCCGGCUGGUCAGAAGCAUUACUCGUAA